ACUUGAUGCUUGUUGUUGCAAUUUUCAGUGCAUUCAGCCGGCCGCAACGAACGCCACAGAAAAGUUUGCAUGUUGCACUUCUGAUUAAAUUAAGGGCUUGGUUUACUAACAGUGUUUCGUAUCGAUUGAAUUAAAAUCCCAGCACGAUGGACACGUGCUGCCGGACGUGCUCCCGGACCGACAACUUCCAGGCGAUUUCGGUGGACGCGAUCUCGCAAAACAACGGAGAACCGGUCUAUCUGAUGCUGAUUUACUGCACGCAGCUGCAGUUCUCCAACCGCGACAACUUUCCGCAGCAGAUAUGUUACGACUGCAUGGCCCGGCUGGACGCCGCUUUCGAGUUUUGGAAGCAGUCCCGCCAAGCUGACGCCACUCUGCACCAGCAGCUUGUGCUCGGUUCCGGCAGUCAACAACUGGUGGCGACCACGACCACCACUACCGUCGAUGUAGCGUAUCCUCCGGAAGGACAAACACAACAAGCGCUGCCGGAAGACGAAAACAACUUCCAGGCUGAAGAGUGCAAGUUAAAUGCUCAGACGCAGGUCAUUGCGAUUGACGAGGACGUGGAUUCUGAAGUUGAGGCGAUUACGGGGGAACAACCGCCGCCGCCGCCGCCGAUGGUGUCGGUCGGGGAGGAAGGACUUGGAGACGAAGCCCUGACACAUCAACGGUACAUCAUUGAUAGCGAAGCCGAGAGUGAGGGCGAGGAAGAGCAGGAACCGGAGCCGGUUAGAGUGGAAAGGCCGACGACGAAGCCAACGUUUAAAAUCAAGAUCAACCGCACUAAAAAGACCAAAUUCGUGACCAUGGGAAGGCUCAAGUGUCAGCACUGCAAGCUGAGCUUCCACGCGAGUUCGCUCUAUCAACGCCACAUGAGAAUGCACGCCAUGACGUGCCAACACUGUGGCAAGGUCUUCGCGUCCACCACAUCCCGGAACCGUCACGAGACUAGCAACUGUUCGGUGCUCAAGAACGUAACCUUCAGCAUUUACUGCGAGCACUGCAACCGUGGCUUUACCAACGACAAGACCCUUAAAAAACACAAAGACCACGUCUGCCCCGUCCUGCAUCCCGACGGUUCCCUCUACAUCAACUCCGCCAUCUGCAAGUACUGCCGCAAGGGUUUCUCCUCCAACCAGAACAUGAUCCGCCACCAGCGCCUGGCCUGCCCGGUCUUGAAACGACCCCCGGACCAGCCGCUGUCCUCGGUGCACGUCCCCAAGCAGUGCCCCUACUGUCGCAAGCGGUUCAACACGUCCAAGGAAAUCAAACGGCACGUGCGGCAUUGUCUGAAGCGUAGACCAGUUACACCGGCGCCGCCACUGCAGGAGGACAUUGACAGCCCGAACUACGAGGUACACCCGGCCGAACUGCUGGACUGCGUCAUGAAGCAGGAACAGGACGAGUUGCUGGAAAAUUGAACGGGGACUCUUUAAUUGUAGAAGCACGAAGCAGCGGAAAUCUGCUGUUUCAGUAAACGAAUAAACGAAUAAAACAAA